AAAAUACAAUCUUCUGAUGAGCAAAGGUUGAAAAAAUUGGAAAAUGAAAUUCAGGAGAAUAUUCAGAGAGAACUUGAGGCAAUUAAACAGGAGAAAGAAUUGUUAGAAGAAACACUGAAACAUGAGCAAUGGAUUUUGUCUGAAAAGGCCCAAAAUGAUCAUGGUCAAAUGCUUCAAGAUUUUGAAUCUCGGAAAAGUGAUCUUGAGAUUGAUAUGAUGAAUAGGCAGGAGGAAAUCGAAAAAGAUCUGAAGGGAAAGGAAAGAGCAUUUGAGAGGGAGAGGGAGAAAGAACUUAACAAUAUUAAUUGUUUGAAGGAUGUUGCUGAGAGGAAACUGGAAUACAUUGUAUCUGAAAGGCAUGGAAUAGAAAGGGAAAAGCGGGAAAUUGUAAUGAACAAGGACUUGCUAAAAGAAAAGGAACUUGGACUACAGAAGGACAUUGAUGAACUGGUUAAGCUUAGCCGGAAAAUCCAGUGCUGGCGAGAGCAGUUUCAAGAGGAAAGAAAUUGCUUCAUUGCUUUUGUUGAGAAGCAUAGUAGUUGCAAUACUUGUGGAGAAAUCACGAGGAAAUUCAUGCUUCCUGAUCUCCAACUACCUGAAAUUGAAGAGAGGGAGGCUCUUCUUUUAACUGGGCUGGAUUGUAAAUUUAUGAGGAAUCCUCAAGGAGAUAAAGCUAAUUCUAAUGUUAAAGCUACCCACAGAUCUGAUGGAGAGUCGGGGAGGAGCGUGUCUUGGCUCCACAAAUGCACUUCAAUAAUAUUUAGCAUGUCCCCAACAAAAAAGGCUGAGCCUGUUUGCGGUUCAAUAUUGGGAGAGGAUUCGUCUCUGUUAGAUUUGAGGGAUGAUGAGGAAAUAAAAGCUGAGGGGUCUAGUUAUGAUGUGGCAAUGGGGUCUGGUGCUCCAGAAGAUGAAUGGCUACAAUCCCUUGGGACGUCUAAGGACACCAUUGAUGUCCAACAGCUCCAAUAUGAUCACGCUGUUAGAGAGGCAUGUGAUGGUUAUUCAGUGUCUGUUGGAGAUCAUAGCUCUAUAGGCAGUAAGGCACAAGAGUUUCCAGAAAUUUCUGUGCAACAAGAGCUGAAGAGUGGUGGGCCUAAACGUGGGAGACGCAAGUCUGGAUUGCAUCGAACACGCUCCGUAAAGGCGGUGGUUGAAGAUGCUAAAGUGUUCUUCGGUGGAAGUCCAGGGAAAGCAGAAGUGGAUGCAAGUUUGCAGCCGAAUGAUAGCAAGCUUGAAGCAAAGGAUAAUCAGGGUCUCUCUAGUCGUCCUGAGAAAGCAUCCGGCAACGAAAGGAAGAGGGAGCGAGCACACACUUCUAGAACCAAUGAAAUAGGACAUGAUGGUGGUGAUAGUGAAGGACGUUCUGACAGUGCUACAGCUGGUGGGCGCAGGAAGAGGCAGCAAACCAGUGACUCCAACAAUCCAAGCUGUGGGAGAAAAGCGCUACAAUCUCAGGCGACAUAAGAUGGCUCAAGACGUUGCAUGUCUAGCGCCCCCUCCAACAGGCAGCGUCUGCUCUUCUGGUGUAAGUGCCCCCGGACGAGGGGCCUUGCAUGUCUAGCCCUCCCUCCAACAGGUAGUGUUUGCCCUUCUGGCGCAGCUACCCCAGGCGAGGGCCCUGCAGUAGAUGACAUUGUAGUGACCAUCACAGAUUUGUGUGGAUCCCGCACUGGAAAAUAGACUGGAUGUUUGUGGGAAAUUGUAGUGGCUGCUCCUAGGUCAGUACCCCUUAUUCUUGUGUCAUUAAAAGUUCAUAGAUUGUUUCAGUCAUGUCCAAGUUUGAAUGAUAAUUAAUGAUAAACGAC